GAAAUGAUGCUUAAGCGAUAAGUCGGUGAUAUCAAAAUCUUGUCUUUGUCCAUCUGGUUUAUCGGAUUAGUAAAAAUUUGUUCAAAAUGUUGAACACUUGCAUGUACUUACUACAGAUCUAUUUUAAUUGAUUAGAGCUUAUUAAUUGUUUGCAAAUCACGCCAUUAUAAUCCUUUCAAAGGAGUACACAAAAACACUAAAGACAGAUAAAUACGGAUUAAAAUACAUGAAUGAUAAAGGACAUUAUUAAAGACUGUUGUAGAAAUUUGCCAGUUGAAAACGUUCAUCGGACCACCAGAUCACGAAAAGAGGAAUAUUAAAAGAGAAAAGAGUAAUACAAAGUGUGUGGGUGUACAUGUUAACAAUAUUCUAACAACAGUAUAUACAUAAGAAGAAGUAUAAAACUUUAAAGAAGCCUUAUAUAGUGCCAUUUUGACAAGUUAUACCACUGCGAUGUCAGUCGCAACCGAUAAAGAGACGCGGGCGAUUUUCCUGAACUUCAAAGAGCUGCGAUGCCUCGAGAAAAAUCUGCAGAUAUUAGACAUCGAGAAGGAGUACGCGGAGAGGCUCAUCGGGGUCCACCAGAAGGAUAUGAAGAUCCACUACCGGAAGAUAAAGGACAAGGUUGCGAAGAUCCGCUCCCACUUGACGCCACAACAGAUCGAUGAGAUGAAAACGUUGGAGGCAAAAGGAGCGAUAAAACCGCCAUCGAACAUGAAGUCCAACUCAGCUAUUCUGAUACACGCUGCUGAGAAACGGCUAAAAUUGCAGCCUCGGGCAAAGAGCGCCGUGCCCCGGUUAGGACAAAGUUUGGACGAGGAAGGUUUACGUAACGCCAGGAGCGUCCGAGCUACACAGUCGGCAGUGACACGUUCAGUGAAUUUUGCAGGCAAUAGAACUGCUAUUUCCGAAAAUGAUUCUUCGCGACCAUCCACUGCUAGAUCGGCUAUGUCAAAUGGCGCUUUGUCGCCCGCCACACAUGGUGGGUCGUACUCUGUUUCUGGUAGAAAUGGGAAUAAAAACGAGGUUACUGUAUCCGGUCCCGUGCCAGAGUCACUGCGCAGAACUAGAAAAUUGUCGAUUUUCGUUGAUACAGCAUCACCGGUAAAACCUGUUGAAAUAAAAAUAGAAAAUGCUGAUAGUUCAGGCAAUAACGAUGCUGACAAAAGUGCUCACUUUUCAAAACAAUUGACUCUAAAUAUCCCAAAGAAUAACAAUACGGGAAUUUCAAAUUCAACAAACACUUCCCCGAGAAGUAAACUUUCGCCAACACGGACAAUGUCGCCUAAAUCCCCGAAUUCCAAUCUGACGUCGUCGCCCGCGUCGUCCGGUAAAGGCAACGUUAAUUUCGUUGAUGGCGGCUCGUGGGCCACAAAGACCUCCACGUACCUUCAGCUGCCCUCACAAGCGUCCGAAAGAGCCCACACAGAGCAAGGUCAGUCAUGUAUUGCACAUCCGGGCUCCCAAGACGGCAGUGUUUCCCUGUCAGUACCGAUGAUUUCACCGGGAGGUUUCCACCACAAUCGGCCAACCAACAUCCCGGCGACACCAAUCACCAACUACGACGACGGACAGGGACACAUCAGUACGAAUGCGGCUCAGAAGAUUGCGUUGGAGACCCGGAAGAAGUCAGUAGAAGUAGUGCGAAGGGUCUCGAAUCUGCUACGUGAGGGAAAAACACGCGUCCCGUUCGAUUCACACGAUUACAUGACGAUUGACGAGCGAGCUAAAGCGCCGAAACCGUUCCGUUCGAUUCGAGAAAAAACUUUCAGUAUUAAUAUAGACAACGAAAUUAACGACGAGUCGAUUGGCGAUGAUUUGUACAAGGAAAUGAAAAGAGGAAUGCUUCUCGGUGAAGUGGCAACUGGUUUAUAUCUGGAAGACAAAAUGGAUCAGUUUGAAGACAGAGUUAACGAAUACAUCCGAGAAAAUCCAAACUACGUGUACGAUCCAGAAAAGACACGCGCGGAGAUCGCGGGGAUCCGCGAGGCUCAUAAGGCAAGUAAACAAAAUAAGCGGAGCAAGAACACUUUGCGAAGGAGACAGCUGGAGCGGAAGUUGCUGGAUGGCGAGGCGGCGAUGCGGGAAGCUGCGAAGGCGCGCUACAUCCGGUUGGGGGACGACCAGCUAGAUAUGACUGGUGUUCAGACGCUUGUCGUGGAUCAAAUGAAGAUGCUGAGGAGUUUAAAAGUUUGGCAGGACGAAUAGGUCCCACAAAGUCGAUUUCAUCCCGAGGGAGUAUACAACGCCGGUGCGAAGGAACAUACGUCCCGGGAAAGCCGGAGUGGAGUGGAGCGUGGUUAAGGCGUACUGAAACACAACCUCAUGCGUAUACAAAUGCUUUCUUCAUUAUAUUACAAUUACCGUGGUACAAGUAGCAGCCAGUUGUAAACGAUGUCUUAAACUAAUAAGUAUAUAUACACCGAUAUUGAGUUUUAAGACUACCGGUAUAUCCAUCAAACACUUCUAUAUUUUAAUGUAAACUGAGAACUACGAAUAUUCCCUAUCUUGGAAUUUACAACCUCUAUUCACCAUACUUAGACUAAAAAACAUAAAUGUAAGACUUAUUCUUAUAUUCUAAAAUGUUUUUAUGUUUAACUCAAAUCUAAUUUUGUAUCAAAAACACUUACGAACAGAUAUGUAACGAUUAAAGAACCAUGAAUAGCCUUUCUAUA